CAAGCUCGGUAUCGUAGACGUCAUAUUUAGUGGCCGGAAGUCACAGUCGGAGACGUCCGCUGAGAAGAAUGGCUGGGCUGCUGAAAAAGACAACUGGCCUGGUUGGACUGGCAGUGUCCCACAAUUCACAUGAGCGUCUGAGGAUACUCUACACAAAGAUCCUUGCGUCACUGCAGACCAUGCCGCAGGACGCUGCCUACAGGAGGUACACAGAGCAGCUGGUCAGCGAGAGGUUCAACCACGUAAAAAUGGAACCAGAUGUUGAGAAGCUUGAGAAGAAAAUAAACUGCGGUCAGAUUGAAGAAGUCAUUUUCCAGGCGGAGUGUGAGCUGGCCCUGUCCAGAAAGAUGUCUGAAUGGAAACCAUGGGAGCCGCUGAUCGAGGAGCCUCCUGCCAAUCAGUGGAAAUGGCCUGUCUAAAUGUACAUGUAGUGUUCAUACUGUCUGUGUGUGAGAUCCAUACCUCUGCUUCUGCUGAAGUAAUAUAUUAAAGUGUUGAAAACAAA